CAGUGAUACAUUCUUCUUUUUUUAUAUACAUAAAAUCACGUUAUUCCUCUAUCUUCUAUUCAUCAUAGACGUCGUCUUUGUCAAAAUCAGUUUUGGUUGGCUGCUACCCGCCGAAUUUGUACACAGAAAAAUAACAAUCGUAUAGGAAAGACGACGAUAUGUAUGAAUGUUGCUUCUAUAUUGGAGAGACAAAAUCGUACAUUCAAUGGCUUUUAUACGGAAGAAGUACGAGGGGAAAAUGGUAGUAGAAUAGGUUUUGAUAUUGUUCUAAUGAAGAAUAAAGAGAAGAGGAUACCUUUAGCACGUACAGAAAAUAGAUUAAGUCAGCAGCAAUUUUCCAAAUAUCGAGUGGGAAACUAUCAUGUCUUCGUUAAUAAUUUCGAAAAUUCUGUUUUGCCGGUGAUAAAAACUGAUAUGGAUAUAUUAGUGAUCGAUGAAAUUGGAAAAAUGGAAUUAUAUAGUAAGAAGUUUUAUGAUGAAGUGUUUAAUAUAUUUUUUGGUUCGUUAAAUAAGAAAACUUAUAUCGUUGCAACCAUACCACAAAUCCAUAAGGUACCACAACGUUUUUUGACCCUAUUUCAAAAACUACAUGAAGAUAAUAGAUCCAAGAUUAUAAAUGUUAAUCGUCAAAAUCGAAAUAAUCUGCCCAAUGAAAUAGUUUCUAUCAUAUCAUAAAUAUCUGUUUAAAAAAAAAAAAAACACAUAUUUUAUGUACAUUAUAAACAUCAUUUAUUAUUAACAAAACAAAAUAUUAGGUUAAAUAAAUUCUACCAAUCACAAUAAAUUUGUAAAAAAGUAGUCACAAAUAAUGUGACAAAAAGUGAUUGAUCAUAGGUCAUGCCAAAUCGCAUAUGUAUUAAUUUUUUUUCUUUUUUUUUUUUUUUUUCUGAUAAUAUUCAUUGUUUCAUAAAAGAAACCACCAUUAUCCAGUAAAGAAUAAAUUAAUGAACUAAUAAAUAAGAAGAGUCCUGUCUUUAGAAUUUGGCUUUUUACAUAUAAAUAUUUUAAUAUAACCUUUUUUUUUAUCCAAAAUUUUUUUAGACCAUAUUUUUCAUUUGUGCGCAAAUAUAUCUCUCUUUAAUGAAUAAGGUGGUUCUAUCAAGGGUACAAAAUAGAAAUAUUCCUUCUGCGUCUUCUUGCUUUAAGCAAACAAAAAUUGCUGAUGCAUAAUGAGGCGUUGAUCUUAUCAUGGACAAGAAAACAUGAUAAAUAUGUUUGCAAGUUGAUUAAACAAGCAAACUUCUUUCAGUUUUGUACCCACCAAUAAUA